CCAGCCUACGCGGCUUCGUUCCCACGCCGAGUUGGGUUCUUGGGCCCCUAGAUUGGCACUCUGGGACAGCUUGUUUGCCCUGCUCCCCGCGCCUGCGGUCCAGCUCUGGUCCCGGACCCCUACUCCGGUCGCGCUCCGAGCUCCCCACGACCCGCAGCGCUGCCGAGCUUUGAAAAAAGCAUCUUUUCCUGUAUCUGGGCAGAAGUAUAGGGAGUGACAAGUUUGACUUCAAAGAGAAGGAGCAAGGCCAACGAGAACAAUGGCCACUCCCUCUGGCCUUCAGCCUCUGCCACCCCUGGAGCAGGACCUGGAGGGACAGGACCUGGAGCAGGAUGAGAUCCUGAUUGUGAAGGUGGAGGAGGACUUCUGCUGGGAAGAGGAGCCCCCUCUGGAGGAGGAAGACCCCAGUCCUGAGACUUUCCGCCAGCUCUUCCGCCUCUUCUGCUACCAGGAGGUAGCUGGGCCCCGGGAGGCCCUGAGCCGCCUUUGGGAGCUCUGCUGCCGCUGGCUGCGCCCGGAGCUGCGCACCAAAGAGCAAAUCUUGGAGCUGCUGGUGUUGGAGCAGUUCCUGACGGUGCUACCGGGGGAGAUCCAGGCCCGGGUGCGUGAACAGCAGCCCGAGAGCGGUGAGGAGGCCGUGGUCCUCGUGGAAGGGCUGCAGCGGGAGCCCUGGAAACAGAGGCAGCGGGGCUCAGAGGUGCUUUCUGAUGACAUGGUGCCCCUCAGGACAGGGGAACAGUCCUCCAAAUUCCAGACAGAGGCUCAGGCAAAGGAGCUCUCUCUGGAGGAAGAGGCUCGAUGCUCCCACCAACAGCCUCCAGCCCAGUUGAGCCAUAGGCCAAAAAGGAGCCCCCUGCUAUGGCCAAAGAUGGGCCCGCCAGCCACCCAGGAUCAGGAGAUGGUGACAUCAGCCUCAUCCUUCCUUUCGGCCUGGUCCCAGCAGGUGCCAGAGACCUUGGAGGAUGUGUCCAUGUACCUGUCCAGAGAAGAGCAGAGAUGCCUGGACCCAGCUCAUCAGGAGCAUAGUUGGGACGUGCUGCGGGAGAAUGAGGGGCUCAGGAUCCAAUUGGAGGAUGGUGCCAAUACCAGGACGGACACACCGGUGAGAAUGGAGUGGUACAGAGUGCUGUCAACACGGUGCCAGAGCCCUGGCUGCCCACUCCCGGCUCAGGGACUGGCCCCAGUCAGGAGCUUGGUCAGCUCUAAGCAGCUGAGAGGCUGCCCCCCACCAGAAAUAGAGGGGCCCCGUGGGGCUGACAAGCCAUACACGUGCCCUGAAUGUGGCAAAGCCUUCAGCAAAACAUCCCACUUGACUAAGCACCAGCGCACACACACUGGGGAGCGUCCCUACAAAUGUCCCGUCUGUGGGAAGGGCUUCAGCGAUCGCUCCAACUUCAGCACACACCAGAGGGUCCACACAGGCGAGAAGCCCUACCCGUGCCCCGAGUGUGGGAAGCGCUUCAGCCAGAGCUCCAGCCUGGUCAUCCACCGCAGGACACACACAGGUGAGCGGCCCUACGCGUGCACCCAGUGUGGGAAGCGCUUCAACAACAGUUCCCACUUCAGCGCGCACCGCAGGACGCACACAGGUGAGAAGCCCUAUACAUGCCCAGCCUGCGGCAGGGGCUUCCGCCGUGGCACGGACCUCCACAAGCACCAGCGGACCCAUACUGGAGAGCGUGCUCCAACACAGUCCCAGAGGGUCCAGGACCCAGAGCCUGGCCAUCAUGCACACAGUGCUGCUCCCAGGACACUUGUUAGAAGUUCACAGUCGCAGAAUUUGUGAGGCUGCUAGACCCACUUCUGACCUAGCACCAGAUGCCCUGAUCUGAAGGCAUCUUCUGUGGGCCUGGCAGUAGGACAGUUUGGAUGCCCCAGCCAAUGCUGGAAGCCGGGCACAGACAGGGUGUCCGUCUAUCCUAGGGCAGCUGAACAAGCAGUGCAAGCCACACUCCCCUGCCCCAGGGACUCUGGUGCCUGUGUCCUCUUAUGUUAUAAGGACACCAGUCACUGGAUUAGGGCCCCCCGGUUUAUCCUGACCUCAUCUUAAGUAAUUAAAUGGUCAGAAAUCCUAUUUCCAAACAGGAUCGCAUUCUGAGGUUCUGGGCAUAUGUGAAUUUGGGGGGGCACUCUCCAGCCCACCACAGGGAGUCUCCAUGGCUACUGAUGCCCAUGUCACACCCCCCAGCCUUCCCUUCUGUCCUUGCCUUCCAAAAGCAAGCUGUGGGGCUUUUCCAGUAUUGCAGUGUGUCACAGGGGAAGAGGGGUGAGAAUGCCUUCUUGGAGACCCCUCUUCCUGGCCUCCUGUCACAGAAAGCCCAGAGAUUCCACUGGGCCUGACAGCUCUCCCCAGGAUGGGGACCCAGGGCUGCCCUUGUUCUGACCCUCGGUGGUGAUUUUCCAAUGUGGCCCUUCUUGGUUGCCGCCUUCAUCUCUAAGAAUUCUCCCCCUUCCAGCUUUUGUCUAACUUGUGAAACCAUGAGCCUAUCUGAUCUGCACACUCAUGUCUUGGUGAGUGGCUGGGAGGAGCAGUAUGAUGAAGUCUGUGGUGGGGUUAGUUGUCAUGGAAGUCAUGGGACAGCUGCUGAAACCACUGGGUUCUAGAACAUUCUGUCCAGGCAGUGUGGCUCCUUCCGUGGCUGGGUGGCCUUGGGCCUCAUCCCAGCCUGUGAUGCCCCAUCCUGUUUUGUUGCCUAUUUGCUGUAUAUAUUUUCACCUUUUGACACAACCCAGGUUCCAGAGUAUAGGACUUGCUCUUUCUUUGUUCCCUUAAUAAAUAAUAUCAGUCCUCCCCCGUCCCCCAUUUUCUCUGUCUUGUGUUGGCAGAAUGAGGCUGCCCGGUGUAGGGAUAGCUUUUACCAUCUUGACCAGCUUCCAAAGCCUUCGUGGAGCACAUGGUACCAGCCAAGCCCCUCCCAUGCAAUCCCAAGCCCCCAGCCUCAUUUCUCUCUCUCCUGGAGGUAGCUCCCCUCUCCCUGGCCAGGGAACGUUUCCGCCCUCAGCUGUGCCACACCUUGCAGGCUUCCCUCACCCCGCCAGGGUCACAGUCUCCCACUGGCACAGUGGGUCCUGCCAGCUGCCCCUCAGCCUGCCUUAGCCAUUGUCAUCCUCGGGGACCCUGUGGGUUGGGGGGGUCCGGGUCCAUGCAUGUGAGGUGGUGCAGUGGCACUUCCACAGCUUUCCUUUUAUGGGCAGGGAAGUAAGAUGCUGUGAGCAUUAAAACCCUUCUGGGUCGCACAGCCAGUUUUAGACCCAGGUCAGAACUCCCACUGUCCUCUUUGACCCACACUUGCCUCGAAAGACAUAGUAAUUCACAUACAGAGUUGGACUUUGUCUUUUUUUCCUUGAGACAGGGUCUCGCUCUGUUGCUCAGGCUGGAGUAUAGUGGCUCAGUCAUAGCUCGCUGCAACCUAAAACUCCUGGGCUCCAGUGAUCCUCCUGCUUCAGGCACCUCAGUCACUGGGACUAUAAGUGCAUGUCAUCUUGGCUGGCUAAUUGUUUUUAAUUUUUGAUGAGACAGUCUUACUAUGUUGCCCAGGCAGCCUAUGGCAGGUCUCAAACUCCUGGCCUCAAGUAGUCCUCCUGUCUCAGCCUCCCAUAGUGCUGGGAUUACAGGUGUGAGGCACUGUGGCCAUUUCUAAGGUUAAGAAAAACUACCUUUUGUCUGGCUUAAGAGCUGAGCCUCUCUGAUCACACAUCCACAGGGAGUGGGGACUGCUGGGGGUGUCCUCAGUGGCCAGAUCAACUGGGAUCUAGGGAGAAGUCUGUGGCCUUUAUCUUGGGUGCAUGUGGCUUAGGCCAGACAAGGCCUGUCUUUUGUCCUGGGCCUAUCAGUGCAGGGCCUAUACAAAGAGACCCUUGCCUGCCCUCAGCAGCAUGGCAGCUGGCAGUGACCUGUCAGCUGAAUGCUGGAAUACUUGCCCAAAUGCCAAGUGCCCUGCUCUGCCUCACGGGUCCAUGACAUGGCGGGACCCAAGCUGAGGAUGGUUUCUUGGCUUGUUACAUGGACCAGGCAUGGGAAA